AAACACAUCGCAUCGCAUAUCGUUGUUUACAUAUCCGGGCCUAUAUUUGGACGGGGUACAAUCAUCUCACAAACUAUCGUCAUUUCGCGAAGAUGCCCGAGAGAAAGUACGCCGUCGCGUGCGCACUUGUUUUUCUGUUGGAAAUAAGUUGUGUUGUGGCUUCAAGCAGUGAAGAUAAAUGCAUAGACUAUUACCAGACCGGAGAUAAUUUUGAUUUGAAUGAGUUGGAAGGCAGCCGGUUUGUAGUGUACUUCUGGCCGCCGAAUCAGAGGCAGAGGAGCAACUGCGAAGUGAUCACGUUUAAGAAGCUUUCGCGGCAAGAUGUGGAGACUGCAUACAGUGACUGUAAGAAGCUCGACGUAUCGAACCAGACUGUUGUACAAGCAUCGUAUGUGAACAAUGCUGGGAAAUCGAUGACACAUCUCUACUAUGGCGACGUCGAAGUGAAGCGGCAGUACCGAACUUGUGAACGCAUUUCAAAGUACAUAUUCAAGAGGGUCAGCGAUAACUAUGUGAUGGGGAUCAACUGUUCGGCGGGAGGGCGGGGACUGUUGCUGUCGAAGACUUUACCGAGCGCGUCCGAAGUGCAGUCGGUGGCUGACCAAAUUGAGAUCAUGAGUGGUCGAGAAGGUAGCCCAGACUGCAAGCUAUCAAGACGAUGAGUUUAAUGUUUUAUGAUUUAAGUAAAUACAAAGUUACUGAAACUGA